AUGGAGAGUCCUUCGAAUCUGAACUUCAUCCCUUUGGAUGUAACUGAUGAUGUGUUGCACACUUUACAUGCUCCCCUUUCAAUGGAGGACCCGAACUCAGCAGACUUUGGACGUUCAACUAACGCCUCAAUCCGCUCAAGAACUGCCAUUGCAGAUAGGAGCAGAAGUCCCCAUGCCGUUGCUGAAAUUGAAAAGGCCAAGGAGGUCACCGAGGCUAUCUCUCCUGCUACAAAUUCGCAAAGAGAUCAACCCCUUUCCCAUAAACCGAACGUAAGAUGCGAAACCCUAGCUCUCGACCCAGAAGCGGAACAUCUACUCUCACUCUUCACUGGAAUCGUCCAGCCGCCAGGGGCGAUCUUGAUCUCAGGUGUCAAGAACUGGCGGCGAGUACAACGCCAUUUUUUGGCAAUGAGCAAAUCUUACGAAGCAGUCCUCCAUGCUCUACUGUGUGUGACAGGUGUUCUAUUCAUGGAGCAAACUACCAACUAUACAGCACAGGAUAAGCAAAGGUAUUUAAAUCGGAUUAUCGAACGACAUCGCUUGGCGACCGAUGGUGUUCACAGUAUUCUCUCAAGUUUCGUCCAAACUGACCAGACAUUGUACGAACCACUAUUGGCCGCCAUUCUUCUCCUUGCGUGGUAUGAGGUUAUCCGAGACCAAGGAGGCCCUGCGAUGCCGUUCCCUCGUGCAGUAGCAGAGGCUACCGUUACAAGCGAUGUGAAUUGGAGUAGGGUAUCAAAACAGUUACUGUCCUGGCUCUGCGUUCUCGACGGUAAGGCGACAUAUUCCAGUGGUGAGCCUCUUCUCACCGAGCUCGCUUUGCGAGCGGUUGCAAGGUAUCCAAUCCAGAUAGUAAGUGCUGAUGCGGAGGAAUUGGAUUCUGAAACCGAGCACGACAGCCUUGAAGCGCGGCUCAGAACGUCACUGAGACAGCCCACAUCACCCGCUACUAGUGUUACUGCCACUCACGCAUCACCUCGGGUUUUGACAAGCGCACGUAUCAAACAAGUUGUGUUAAACUCCAUCGUUCAGCCUGCAGUUGAAUGGUAUAUUUCAACCCAGGCUUUCUGUCGCCGCAUAGGAUCCCAUGAUCGUCACCAUCGAAGCAGGGGCACUCCUGACGAUGAAUUUGCAGUGAUUGUGGCAUCAAAGCAAUUAGAAAAAGAUUUAUGGGAAGUAUGGCAGCAAAGGCCCACCAUAAUGUCCUUGUCGAGGGACGAACUGGCUCAGUCGUUAUCUCCGGAUUUAGCGAUUAGAUUGGAAGAAUUAUUCAAUCUGCAUUUCGCCAGUUUUUGGAUUCUUUUCGUCUAUUUACAUCGUGUUACAUGGUGGCAUCUCCCACAUUCGCCGACUGCCACAGCUGCGUUGAACAAUGUGUGGCAAAACUUGCAAAACUCUUAUGGAGAAGUUGUUGAUGGGACUGGGAGCAGAAUACUACACCCUGGUCUCCUCUGGCCAGUGUUUCUUUUUGGGACAGAGUGCCCUGAUGAACAUCGCCAGUCCUGGGCCAUUGAGCAAUUGGAAACCUUGGGAGCAACAAGACCAAGGUCCAGCAGUGUUGAUCUCGGCCGUGAAGAUCUUCCACCAUUUCGAUUGAGCCCGGGCGCCACAAAGAACGCAAAAAGAGCGGCCUUAUUACUGAAAGAACUAGUGAAGGAACAAAAUGAAUGCAAUGCUCGAGUCGAUGACCGGCAGCUUUCCAUCAAGAUGUUUGGGUGCUACUUCUCGAUUGUAUAA